GCCUGAGCACCGUAAUAUGGCGGGGAGGAGGAGGAGGAGGCGGCGGUGGAUGGAGCUGCUCUCAGUCAGUACCAAUUGAACAGUUUGUUUCCUGCCAAGGCCCGUAGCGAGGGGAGGAAAGCUGCCGUGGCCGUGGGAGAACAGUGUGAUUGUGGGAAAAUGGAAGAGUAUGAGAAGUUCUGUGAGAAAAUUCUUGCCAGAAUCCAAGAAGCAUCACUAUCCACAGAGAGCUUUCUACCUGUCCAGUCUGAAAGCAUCUCACUUAUUCGCUUCCAUGGAGUGGCUGUGCUUUCUCCACUGCUUAAUAUUGAGAAAAGAAAGGAGAUGCAACAAGAAAAGCAGAAAGCACUUGAUGUAGAAGGAAGAAAGCAGGUUAACAGGAAUAGAGCUUUACUGACACGUGUCCAGGAGAUUCUUGAAAAUGUUCAGGUUAGAAAAGCACCUAAUGCCUGUGAUUUUGAUCAGUGGGAGACCGAAACAGUUUACUCUAAUUCAGAAGUCAGAAACUUGAAUGUUCCUGCUACACUUCCAAAUAUCUUGCCAAGCCCUACUGAACACUCUACUUUAGCAAAGUUUGAAAAGAUAACUGGAAUUUUGCCAUUGAAUACUGAGGACCGAUUUAAAUCUAAUGGGAUAAACUUAGCUAGGGACUCAGAAGAAUUCAAUUAUCUGAAGCAAUGUGAUAGUUCAACUAUUAACCAUGCAGAAAACGAAGCUUCUCUAAAGACCUCCUCAACAGCUGCACAAGAGCCACUUAUUUCUGGUGGUCUCUUUCCAACAAAUGAAGAACAAGAUCCAUCACUUGUGGGGGAAGUUACUCCCGAUCCCUACAUAAUGAGUCUUCAGAAGCUGAUGAAAAAGUCAAAGGAAUAUAUAGAAAGAGAGCAGUCUAGACACAGCCUGAGAAGUAGUGCAAAGAGGAGUGUUAGUGAGGGUUAUUCAGACAGAGAACAUGAUGCUGUUAAAGUGACUGACUGUGAAAAGGAGAAGGCCCAGUUGAUGGGCAAGCCCUGUGGUUCAGUUAUUCCUGACAAACCAAGCCUUAAUAAAUCAAAUGUUCUUCUCCAAGGUGCUUCCACUCAAGCAAGCAGCGUGAAUACAUCCAUUUUAGGUAGCUUUUCUAAAGUGGACAUACCUAUACCCACUGGCCAUUCUACUGUUUUAGAGCCUGAUUCUGAUUUUAAACGCAUUCCCACUUUUGUUACUGAAAAUAAUGUUAUCAAAAGUCUUACUGGUUCAUAUGCCAAAUUACCUAGCCCAGAGCCAAGCCUAAGUCCUAAAAUGCAUCGAAGGUGUUCUAGGCCAUCAUCAGCAUGUCAUAUACUUAUAAAAAACCCAAUAAAUGCUUGUGAAUUAAGCCCUAAAGGAAAAGAACAGGCAGUAGACUUAGUUGUUCAAGAAACUGAUGAAAAAACAAAUGUACCUGAAACUGUGCCAGAGUUACCAAUUGAUUUAGCAGGAGUUUGUUCAAGCAAGGUUUAUGUCAGUAAAAAUACAUCUGAAGCCAUACAGGAAAUGGUUUUAGGUAAAUCAAAUCAGGUAUGUCAAUCUUCAGGAAGUCAAUUAGAAAAUAAAGUUAUUCAUGGACUUGCUAUCAUGGAAGAUCAGUUAACAUCUGAUGGGAGAGGACCACAGAAAAUGGACAGUACAUGUACUUCAGUGGAAAGAUUUCAUGAGCCAUGUGCCACCAGUCAAUGUACAGUGAGUCACAACUUUGGAACUGUGAGUGGACGCCAGUCAGCCAGUGUGUUAGAGAAAAACUCAUGCAGUUUCCAAAUGGGACUGAAUAAGUCUUACGAUGUAAAAAACCCAUCUCCUUUACUGAUGCAAAACCAGAAUACCAGACAGCAUAUGGACACCCCUACAGUGUCCUGUGGAAGUGAACAAUUUUUGGAUAACAGUUUUGAGAAAGUUAAACGGAGACUUGAUUUAGAUAUUGAUAAUUUGCAAAAAGAAAACUGGCCUUAUGUCAUAACAACUGGAAUAGCUGAACAGGAAAGGCAACAUUUGCCAGAAAAAAGAUACUCUAAGGGGUCUGUCUACAUCAACAAGAAUAAAAUAUUAGAAAAUAGUUCCAAAGAAGGUGAGGAGAUAUUAAAAAGCAAGAUGUUAGCUUUCGAAGAAAUGCGGAAGAGACUAGAAGAGCAGCACGCCCAGCAGUUAUCGUUACUCAUAGCUGAGCAGGAAAGGGAACAGGAGAGACUGCAAAAGGAAAUAGAAGAACGGGAGAAAAUGUUAAAAGAGAAGAAGGUGAUUACAGCGGAAGCCUCUGAAUUGGACAUUAGCAAUGCUGUGGACUUAGAAUGGAGAAAGAUAAGUGACGCUGGUUUACUAGAAACAAUGCUGUCUCAAGUGGACUCACUCCAUUCUUCAAAUUCAAAUAGUUCUGGUUUCACAAGUUCUGCCCUACAGCACAGCUUUGGUUCUGCAAGUGAAGUACCAUUCUACCUCUGGGGAUCAUCAACUGGUGGCUUGACCAAGCUCUCAGUAACAAGACCUUUUGGAAGGGCUAAAACUAAAUGGUCUCAGGUUUUCAGUGCAGAAGUACAAGCAAAAUUUAAAAAAGUAACUGCAGUAGCAAAAGGAUUUCUCACUCGUAGGCUCAUGCAGACAGAUAAACUGAAACAACUUCGACAGACUGUAAAAGAUACUAUGGAAUUCAUAAGAAGUUUUCAGUUGGAAGCACCAUUAAAGAGAGGUGUUGUUUCAGCACAAGAUGCUUCUCUGCAGGAAAGAGGGUUAGCUCAGUUGCGAGCUGCCCUGUAUGGUAUUCAUGACAUAUUCUUUGUAAUGGAUGCAGCUGAAAGAAUGUCUAUUCUACAUCAUGAUCGAGAAGUUCGCAAAGAGAAAAUGCUCAGGCAAAUGGAUAAAAUGAAAAGUCCACGAGUGGCUCUUUCAGCUGCAACACAGAAGUCUCUUGAUAGGAAGAAGUACAUGAAAGCUACAGAAAUGGGGAUGCCAAAUAAGAAAUUUCUGGUUAAGCAAAAUCCUUCUGAAACAAGAGUCCUUCAGCCAAAUCAAGGACAGAAUGCACCUGUUCAUAGGCUACUGAGUAGACAAGGAACCCCUAAGACAUCAGUGAAGGGGGUUGUGCAAAAUAGACAGAAGUCUUCACAGAGCAGAGUGCCUAACAGAGCGCCUGUUUCAGGAGUAUAUGCAGGAAAAAUCCAAAGAAAGCAGCCAAAUGUUGCGACAACUUAAGAAGACAACAUUCAUUAGGAUAAAAAAGGGGGGAAGGGUUAGGAUCCAUAUUAUUUUCCCUGCUCACGACUUUUUAUUUAACUCUGGACUGUGUUUACACAGGCAAAGUGAUGUCAAAGGGCUGAAAAAUCAUCUGGAUAUUUUGGUCAGUCUGGCUAAUCCCAUCCCCCCCACCGAAUUUUCCUCAAUAUCAGUUUUGGGUGAAGACAAAUUAGUGUUUAGUAAUUGGCUCAUUUCUGUCCUUA